AUGGCGGAUGGGAACCGAUCUGCCAAGGGCAAGGAGGUCGUCGUCGACGACUGCGAGCCUUACCCUGACAGCCCCAUGAGCGGCGGCGGCGGCGGCGCCGAGCCGUCCCACCGCUGGCAUGGCCACCCGACCAGUUACCGGGGCGGCGGCGGCGGCACUGCGAGCGUGGAGCCGUUCGCCAAUCAUUACGACGUCUACGCGAGCUAUGGCGCCGCCGGCGUCGGCAGUAGCUGGGUCGGUGGCGGCACCGCUGGCGCCGGCACUAGCGGCGGCGGUGGAAGCUACGGCGCCAGCUACGGGGCAAGCAAUGGAGGCGCCAGCUACGGCGGCCCCGGCGGCAGCCACGCCGUUGAUAGGCGCGGCGGCGGCUAUGGCAUGACCUUCUCACAGGAGAACUCUUGCGGCGGCGGCGGCAGUACACCCUUUCCCUCGACGCCGCACAUGGACGCCCCCAUGUACGCGUCCUUCCCCUCCCCUUUCAACGGUGCCGGCGGUAUCUCUGUGCCCCAUCAGCAUGCCCGCACAGGCAGCAACCGGCACACCGGCGCCGGCAGCAGCGCCGGGCACGAGCUCUACCGUGGCAAUGACAAUGGCGGCGGCAGUGGGACCUUUCCCUCGCCGCGCGUGGGUGACGGCAUGUACAACGCGCACAACAACGGCGGGCGCCCGUGCUCGCGCUCGCCGCUCAAGUGGUCCAGGGAGCAACUUGAUGACCUCGUCGCGAACUCGCUGAGGCGUCUCACCAUCGGCGACCGCGCUCGCGGCGAAGGCCUCGUCGCGCGCGGCAGGCGCCGCCUGUCCGAUUGUUUGGCGAACCACGGGCGGCAAGAGCUGCCGGUCGACGCUGGCGACCAGAACAAUGCUCGCUCACCCGGGCCCGGCUGCCGUGGCCCCUCGAACGCCGACCCGUACGCGGGGAGGAGGCUGGAGGACGUGAGGGGCACCAUGAGCAGCAUCGCCAGGAAUCACCCCGGGUGCCAGUUCCUGGUCUGGAUGGUGGCCGGGAGCGGGGCCGCUGCGGCGCAGCAGGUGUUCGAGGAGGUCGCCGGCGACAUCGUCCGGCUCAUGGUCCACCCCGUCGCUCACGAGCUCGUGGAAAAAUUGGUGGAGUACUGGACCGACGAGCAGAUCACGCACGUGCUCCAGAUCCUUGCGGCGUCUCCCGACCAGAUCGUCGCGGUUGCCAGAAACCAUUCAGGGUCCAAGAUCCUUCAGAUGCUGAUAGGCAGAAUGGCUAGGAACCCCGGGCACGCUGAGCUCUUCACCGGCACCCUCGCCCGCGCCGGCGAGCAAGGCAUGAUCUCCCUCAUAGAGCACGCGGAUGGCGGCAGCAUGAUCAUGAAAUGCCUCGACACGUUCUCCGCCUACCAGAUCCGGUUCAUCACCGUCGUCGUCGCCAGUAGCUUGUUCCUCCACCGCGUGUGCCGUGACAGGCACGGCUGCAACGUGGUGACCAAGUGCAUCGACAAGGCCGCCGGCGACGAGCAGCUGCUGAACUCGCUCGCCGCCGCCGUGUGCAUGGACGGGGUCGCGCUAGCAGAGCACGGCUACGGGAACUUCGUGGUGCAGCACGUGAUGGUGGCCGUGCCGGAGGCGAGGGACUGGCUGCACGCGACGCUCCGGGGGCGGUACGUGAGCCUGUCGACGCAGGCGGCCAGCAGCCACGUGGUGCAGCGGUGCCUGGACCUCUUCUCCCCGGAGCAGGCCGACGAGGUCGUCGGGGAGCUGCUCGCCUGCCACCACUGGGGCUUCACCUUCCAGCAGCUCAUCACCGACCCUUACACCAACUAUGUCCUUCAGUCCGCCAUGAGACGCAGAGAGAUACAAAUGCACAGCAUGCUACUGGAUGCUAUCAGUGCGCACCAGAACUUACUGCGGGAUGACAGGAUCGCCAGGGAGGUCUUCCGGGAACUCCGAAGGUUAUACCGGUGA